UAUAAUAAACCUAACCUCAAACAUGUUUAUUGUUUAUACUUGAUUAGUGAAUUUUGUUUAACAACAAAUGAUUCGAAUCUGUUAGUGGAUAUGAUUUUGAAUUUUCUCAUGAAAAAACAAAUGAAACCAUUAGAAUGGAUAAUCAUUUGCAUAAUUUGAAUGGGCAUCAGAAAUUUCUAAGGGAAUUUAUAUAUUUAUACAGACAACAAGAAUGUCUUUGGAACAAAGAUCAUCCAAAUUACAAAAAUAGGAAUGACCGUAGCGAGGCCUAUGAAAUUCUCCUCAAAAAAUGUAAAGAAUAUAUUCCAGAAGCUGAUGAAGACUAUGUUAGGUUACGUAUAGAUUCAAUGCGUUCCACAUUUCGAAAAGAGAGAAAAAAGGUUUUGAAUUCACGAAUGCAGAAUCCUGAUUCAAAAAAUGUAUACAAACCAUCUUUGUGGUAUUAUGAUCUUUUGUUAUUCACAACUGGAGAAGCAAAUGAAGAGCAGGAUGUUUCUAUCAAUAAUGAAACUUCUCUUGAGCCAAAUUCAGAGGAUUACAAUGCUGUUAGAAUUCCUUUUUGGGGUAGAGAAUACUCUUCAUUAGCUAUAAGUCUAUAUAAAAAACAUACAUGUUUAUAUGCUUUGAAUGACCCGAAUUAUAAGAGUAAACACAAAAGAGUUGAAGCAAUAAAAAAAAUUACUGACGAAUUGAAAGCUAAAACAGGUAAAAUAUUCUUUGAAGAUGAUGUUUGCAGAAAAAUUCAUCUUCUUAGAGGCCAGUUCAUGUAUGAAUUCCGGAAAAUAGAAAAACACAGGCAGUCUGGGAAAGAUGUAUCUAGUUAUCAGCCUUCCCUGUGGUGUUUCCAUAUGCUCUUUUUUCUCAGAAAACAUAUUGUGAAAAUGGAAAGCAUGCUGAAAAGAAAAGAUGGAGACCAAAUUCAGAGACAGUCAAAGAGAUUGAAGUUCAGCAGUGGCAAUAUCUCAAGUGAUCAAGAUUAUAACAAUGCAGAGGAUCUCAAACAAGAAAGUGAUAGUGGAGAUAAUGAUCAAGAUAACUAUGAAGUAUCUGCAGAUAAUAUCGAUACUGAAUCGUUUGACCAAGUAGAAGCUGUGGUUGAAAUUGGAAAUGGUUUGGAUAUCAAACAAACUGAUGAUGUGUUUGAUACAAUUGGAAAAGUGAUGGCUAAAAGACUUAGAGACAUGACUCAGGAGCAAAACAGUAUCGCUUUAAAAUUGAUACAUGAUUUAAUGUAUCAUGGACAGAUGGAGAAUUUAACAUCUGAUUCCAAGUUGGUUAUAUAAUGGUUAUAUAUGUUAUGAUGUUACAAUUGAUUCGUUUUUAUAUUUUAUGAAUUCAGAGAAAAUAUUCCUUUAUAAAUGUAUUUCAUAUUAUCUAAAUGGUUUCAUUCUAAUUAAAUCAAAUUUUAUUUAAA